UUAAACAGAAAUAUGGGUGAAGCAGGUCAGUGUGUUGUGAAUCAAAUAACUGGACUUGGUAAUUAUCACUGCAUCUCAUCACCAAAAUAAAUGGCACACAAUUCCACCAUUGAAUGACAAAUCUCACCAUCGUAUUUUCAUAAGGGAUCAUGUUAGCUCCCUGUUUACGUGUGGGUGGUGCAACUGCCGCACUAUUAGUGGGUGGGGCAGAAGGGGGAAUUUUCCACCGAAUUACGAUGACCAGCAUGACAAGCGCUUGGUACCUCACAAUCGGCAAGUUUGAAGCUAUCAUUGUGGGAUUACUGAUCCUAGAAAUUUUCGUCCUCCGCUACCUUCUCAUCCUUCCACUCGACUAUACAAAGUGGAUCGAACAGGGAAUACUCCUCCAAACUGCGGUCUCCAAACGGAAAAGAAAAAAGAGAUUUCUAAACAGUGUAUCGGAAAAUGAUUUCGAUGAGAAUGUAAAGUUGAUUGAUUCCAUGCUCACGGUAGUGCGCCGUUUGGACGAGAACGACUGCCUGUUAAAAGCAUUAUGCGAGUUGGAAAGUUUACAAAGGUCGAAUUGUUAUUCCCUUCCCCCACAAGUUGUGGGGACGCUGGCUAUGCUUAAAAAACUGGAUGAAAACCCUCAGGAGAAAUCCAGCCAAAUAAUGCCACUAUAUCAGGAGGCGGUUCGGAAUGGGGCCAACGCCACAGGAUUCAGUUCUUGUGACAUCUUCUACUCAAAGUGCGGAUUGACAAGUGAAGAAAUAACUACGCAACUACAGCUCUAUUUUAGCGUUCUGAGUAACUCUUAAUAAUAUGAAAAAAUGUAAUAAAAUGCACUAAUGGCAAAUUUUCCCUUUGAGUAAGUACAAAAA